CCUCCUGUCAUCAAGUUCCUUUUUUUUUUUGUAAUGCCUAAAGCUAUAACAAAAAAAUUCAAGGCUGUCACGCUUAAUACCCUCCCUCCUCCUUACGAUGAUAAAGAAAGCCUUUCUUCCCCUACACCUACAAGUGCCAUCGUUUACAUCAAACCACUUAUUCCCAACAAGCUGUGCAUCGCCUACACUACUACACCGACAAAAACUGGCACGUUCAAACCGCCCGGGGAAGAAUGUAGUGAAGUUGGACAUGUAAGGUUUCCUCGGCAUGUCCACAGAUGCCAUGCGUGCCAGACGAUGAUUUUAGAUAUAUUUACGGAGAAAAAAAAAUGUCCAAAAAACGCCACGAUUGUGGCACUGCCUGACAACCGCAGCAGGCACCACCAUUAUCUCGACCCGACCCCGGUCGUCAUAUCCGCAGAAUUCUUCUCUCCACCAGAUCCCAGCAAGGCAUUUUCUCCUUCACCAGAUCCCGGCAAGUAUGGUAGUGAAGCUGAUGGUGGUACUAUAGCAUCUCGUCUAAGAUCUCUAGAAGAGAAUGUCUCCGAGCUGAAGAGCACCUUGGACAAAAUGGACAAAAUGCAAAGCACCAUAUUAAGCGAACUAAAAAAAAUGAACGCGCCUGAGGCCAAACAUGGAUGAUUUCAGGAGAGUUUGACUGAUUCAUUAGUUUUCUUUUUUUUAUUAAAAAAAUCUGUGUUUCGCGGACAUGGACUUCUCUCAUGUUUGCCAUUUUCAUGGGAUACAGGCACUGGCCAUGGAUUCUUCCCUUAUAAUAUGUACGAUCCAGGUCUUGUCGUAUAUUUAAGAUAACGGUUACUUAAUAUCAGAGCUUGUUUUGGAGUUUGAAAUAUGCCAGGAUCAUAAUAAGUAACGAGAACGAAAGAAAGAUGUGUUUAUUAUGAUCCAGGGAUCUUCGUUAAAUAAAAAGGG